AUGGUAUUGGCUGACUUAGGAAAGCGCAUUAACAAUGCUGUAAAUAGUGCCCUGUCCAACACAGAGGAUGACUAUGCUACCACUGUUGAUGUACUUCUGAAGACUCUGGUGACGGCAUUGUUGGAAGCUGAUGUAAAUAUUAAAUUGGUAUCAAACCUUAGAAAUAAUUUGAAGGAAACUCUCAUGGGAAACAAAGGUACUGGAAAAUCUACAUCAAAUGCGCAGACAAAAAAGUUGAUUCAAAAGGCAGUUUUUGAUGAAUUGUGCAAUUUGGUCGACUGUGAGAGUGAACAGCCCUUUCAACCUAAGAAAAGAAAGACAAAUGUUAUCAUGUUUGUUGGUUUGCAGGGCUCUGGUAAGACCACUUCCUGUACAAAAUUGGCCGUAUAUUAUUCCAGAAGAGGAUUCAAGGUGGGUCUUGUUUGUGCGGAUACCUUUCGUGCAGGUGCGUUUGACCAACUAAAACAGAAUGCAAUUAAAGCACAUAUCCCGUUUUAUGGUUCCUAUACAGAAACAGAUCCUGUGAAAGUGGCAGCAGAAGGUAUUGCAAAAUUCAAAAAAGAAAAAUUCGAAGUUAUCAUUGUUGAUACCUCAGGUAGACAUCAUCAAGAGCAAGCUUUAUUCCAAGAAAUGGUAGAAAUUUCAAACGUAGUGAAACCGAAUCAAACAAUCAUGGUUCUGGAUGCAUCUAUUGGUCAGGCUGCUGAGCAGCAAUCUAAAGCAUUCAAGGAGUCUGCUGAUUUUGGUGCCAUUCUACUUACUAAAAUGGAUGGUCAUGCCAAAGGUGGUGGUGCAAUUUCAGCUGUUGCUGCUACGAAUACUCCUAUAAUUUUCAUCGGUACAGGUGAACAUAUACAUGAUUUAGAGAAAUUUUCUCCCAAAUCCUUUAUCUCCAAGUUACUGGGCAUUGGUGAUAUCGAAAGUUUAUUAGAGCAGUUUCAGACAGUAUCGAAUACUGACGAUGCCAAGGCAACGAUGGAGAAUAUACAACAGGGAAAGUUCACAUUACUAGACUUCAAAAAGCAAAUGCAAACAAUCAUGAAAAUGGGUCCAUUAUCAAAUAUAGCUUCAAUGAUUCCAGGUAUGGGUAAUAUGAUGAAUGAGGUAGGGGAAGAAGAAGCUUCAAAGAAAAUGAAAAAAAUGAUUUACGUUUUAGAUUCAAUGACAAAACAGGAACUAGAAUCCGAUGGAAGAAUAUUUAUAGAUGCUCCAACACGAAUGGUUAGAGUAGCAAGAGGUUCCGGUACUUCUGUUUUUGAAGUUGAAAUGAUUUUGAUGCAGCAGCAAAUGAUGGCUAGGAUGGCACAAUCCACGAGAGCUGCCCAACAGGGUGGCGGAAUGCCAAGUAUGCCGGGGAUGCCAAAUAUUCCUGGUAUGCCAAAAAUGUCUCCACAAAUGAUGCAACAAGCUCAACAGAGACUGAAACAAAAUCCUGGCUUAAUGAAAAACAUGCAAAAUAUGCUUGGCGGUGCUGGUGGAUUUCCAGGUAUGCCGGGUGCCGGUGGUGGGAUGCCUGACAUGAAUGAAAUGAUGAAAAUGAUGCAGAAUCCGCAAAUGCAACAAAUGGCCAAGCAAUUUGGCAUGAGCAUGUAA